UCUGCUACAUCUGGUAGUAGUAUCCGUCAGCGGCCAUAUGUAAUUUAACCCCAUUCAUUCAUUUUCAGAAUCACUUUAGUUAUUUCUGUUUACACCAAACUACAUUUUCUUCGGGUGGAAAGCUGCGUAUUUCCCUGUGCCCCGUCGUUCUUUUGGACGUUUAUCGGUUUAUGCCUCGGUGACUGUCCGUUGCAGGCUGGGUGGUGACAGCACAGUACAAUGAUCGAGCGACCAGAAACUGCGGUUGCCAGCAUCGCUCAGCGGAACCUGGAAGGCUAUGUGGGCUUUGCGAAUCUCCCCAACCAGGUGUACCGGAAGUCGGUCAAAAGAGGCUUCGAAUUCACGUUGAUGGUUGUAGGUGAAUCCGGUCUUGGUAAAUCAACACUCAUAAACUCCCUGUUCCUGACCGACUUGUACUCCAAGGAUUACCCGGGGCCGUCCCAGCGCAUCAAGAAGACUGUGCAGGUGGAGCAGUCCAAAGUGCUGAUCAAAGAAGGAGGGGUCCAGCUGACACUCACUAUUGUCGAUACACCUGGGUUUGGAGAUGCGGUGGACAACAGCAACUGUUGGCAGCCUGUUAUAAACUACAUCGACAGUAAGUGCGAGGACUUCCUGAACGCAGAGUCGAGGGUCAACCGCAGAUCGAUGCCAGACAACAGAGUCCACUGCUGCCUAUACUUCAUCGCACCCUCUGGUCACGGACUGAAGCCACUGGACAUCGAGUUUAUGAAGAGACUCCAUGACAAAGUCAAUGUCAUUCCUCUUAUUGCAAAAGCCGACACUCUGACCCCAGAGGAGUGCCAGCUUUUUAAGAAACAGAUAAUGAAAGAGAUACAGGAGCACAAAAUCAAAAUUUAUGAAUUCCCAGACACAGAGGAUGACGAGGACAACAAGCUCAUCCGAAAGAUCAAGGAGAAGAUGCCACUGGCAGUGGUCGGCAGCAAUGUGGUAAUCGAGGUGAACGGGAAGAAGGUCAGAGGUCGUCAGUAUCCAUGGGGCGUGGCAGAAGUGGAGAAUGGGGAACACUGUGACUUCACCGUCCUACGCAACAUGCUCAUUAGGACCCAUAUGCAAGACCUUAAAGAUGUCACCAACAACGUCCACUACGAGAAUUACCGCAGUAAGAAACUUGCUGCCGUCACAUGUAACGGAGUGGAUACCUCCAAGACCAAGGGACAGCUCACCAAGAGUCCCCUGGCACAGAUGGAGGAGGAGCGGAGGGAACACGUGAUGAAAAUGAAGAAGAUGGAAGCAGAGAUGGAGCAGGUCUUCGAAAUGAAGGUUAAAGAAAAGAAACAGAAACUGAAGGACUCAGAGGCUGAGCUGGAGCGACGCCACGAACAGAUGAAAAGGAACCUGGAGGCGCAGUACAAAGAGCUGGAGGAGAAGAGACGAGUGUAUGAAGACGAGAAGGCCAACUGGGAGGCUCAGCAAAGAAUCCUGGAGCAGCAGAAACUGGACGCCUGCAAGACGAUGGAAAAGAACAAGAAGAAAGGCAAAAUCUUUUGAGGAGAGACGUGACCUGUUCUCAAUCUUUUUUUUUUGUUCUUCAUCCCUCUCUGAAGUUCACAUCAACUGUGGCCCUCAGAACACACAAAUAAACCAGACAUAGCAUAACAUUCCUCUGUGUUACAUUUCACAUCCACAACACACACACACACACACACACACACACACACACAUACACACACACACACACACACAUAAGCAACUGACCACAGCAGCCCACAUGCUCGUCUCUCUGCAGGGUUAUUACUGUAUCUGCCGAGGCCGUUUUCAUUUUCCCGGGGGAAUGCAUGUGUUUGUGAAAUUCUAUUUUCCUAUUUUCCCCCUGACAAAGAGGAGAAACCCUUGAGUUCCUCUGAGCUACGAGUUAACACAUGGCAGGGACCAUGCAUAGCCAUUUGUACACAUGUAGUAGUAUCUGUGUGUGUUCUCUAGAUAUUCAUAGAUCUGCAGAUAGAUCCCUUCUUCUACACUCUUUCAUUUAUCGUUCUCAAACAUUUAACACAAGUGUGCGCACACUAUACCACUCAUAAGUCAUAAAGACCUCAUUAAGAGUGUGUGUUAGGAGAGGAGAGAUGUGAUUGAAGGUAUAACGGUAUCAGUUGCAGCUGAGGAGAGAUGAUAUGGGGAUAAGUCAGGUAGGAUUAAGGCCUGGGCACACCAGAAACCCUGACUUUGUGACAUAUUUGGUUUGGUUUAGCCAGUAAACUUCUGUAGCUGGUGAGCUAACCGCUAACACACUAGCAAGCCAGGAACAUGCUAACACUUUUUUGAGCUUCUAUUUUCUCUAUACUGUUGGUUUACCCAGAAUUGUACAUUUCAUUUAAGAGUUAUUGAAAGGGGGGGGCUCUCCAAGCUAGCAAGCUUGCUAACUGUCAGUUAGCAAACUUAAUGGCUUGGUCACUAAGAGAACAGUAAGUUUACACCGUUUUUUAAAAGAUGUAUUAGUACCAUCAACUUCUGUCUCAUUAAAGUCAGCAGACAUUCCUUUUUUGUGGAACAGUUUUUACUCUGACAUAGGAGGUUCAAUAAAGUGCAACAUAGCUAAUAAGCUACGCUAACUUUCUCCAUUUCUGUUCCAUAAAAGUUCAGCACUGUCAAGCUGCUAUUGGGAGAUUUCAAUCAACGGAAUUGAUUUUGUUAGAAAACUUUCACCAUUUUAAAUGCUGGUGUGACCGGGCCUGUAGAAAGGACUAAGAGUGCAGAAGCAGGUGUGUGUAAGAGCAGGUGUGUUAUGGUAAAUGCUGUGUUUGAGGUCAUGGAUACAGUCUGAUUUAAACUGCUUGGACAGAAGAAAUGAGAUAAGAACUGAGCGUAACAGCAGCCAGAAUAUUGUCAUCGCAAUGUGUGCGUUUCCUGUUUGAGUAGAGGACAAUAUGCAAAAGCCUCAUCAGUGUCUACAACUUUACAGGUUUCAAUGAUUUGCAAAGAUGUUUUAUAUUGUGACGUGUGAAGUGAUGGGUGUUGUAAAAGACCUUGAACCCUGAUGUCCAGAUUUUUGUGAUAUUUUCUCUUUGGCUGCAAUGACCAAAGUGGACAAUUAAAAAGCAGAACGACUUCUUUAACCUUCUUUCCUCCCUGGCUUCUACAAAAAUCAAACUUUUCAGAGAAGUCUGCCAUAGCUUUAUCUCUGACUUCACUGUCAAAUAUAACACAUAGAAGCUUCCACACAAAACUAAACAUUACCCCUCUGCUUUCCUGAAUAUGUCCAGGUUGGAAGCAAAGCAGAGUCAGAAAGCUGCACACUGUGCAAAAGGUUUGAACCUUUAAUAUACUUUUCCCAGAGUUGUCAUGUUUUAUUUUCAUAUGAUGAUGAUGAUAAUAGUAUAUGUGCGGUUGAAGAAUGACGACUCCUUUCCCUUAGUUUUUCUUAAAUAACUCAUAGAUGAAUCUGUUAUUUUAGUAUAGUUUUCCAGACUGCCUGCAGUCUUCAUGAUGCAUUUAAAGCAACAUGCUAAAGGGACAAAAACCUUACACCUUCAGCACAGAAAAUAUUACCUGUAUUGAUUUGUUCAUAUAUUGUGUACAUACUGGAGGCUGCUCAGUGGCCUUUUUUUUUUCUUGAGAUUUUGUUUUGUUUGUGCUUUCAGAAUACUAUAUGCCAGGAAUAACAGCAGAACUUAAUGUGUAAAACAUGUCUUAAGAAUCAGUAAAUACAUUUCCAUGCAUUUAUACUCUCUCACACAUACAUAUUACAUAUAUCUAUGCCAAUGGUUACACCUUCUCAGGACCGCUCCGUUAUACUAGAUUUUCCCCGAGAAAAGCAAUUCUGUGGUCCGACAAGUUGUUUUUUUUAAAAGUGACUGAAUUGAAUUUUUCUUGCUUGUGAACCACUCGCCCUUCCAAUAACACCAAGUUAAGAUAGAUAUAAGUUUAGGUCAAAUUUUUUUGUAAUAUUUACUUUUUUUUAUAUAUGUACACUGUUUUCUGCUUCUCUUCUUUGUUUUAUCAAGUGUUCUGUCUCUAACUGUACAUGGUUAAUAUUAAAGUUGAAAACGUUACGCUUUAAC